CCCCUAAUUAUUUUGUUUUGGUUUUCGUCGGGAUUUUAAACAGCAAAAUCAGGCAUGGCCGAUGAUCCUGAGGAACCUAGCAAGAGCUUCUUUAUCUUUGGCCGCGAUGUGUCGCAAAUACCGUGCUUUCGUAACAGUUUUCUCUAUGGAAUCAGCGGAGGAAUCGGCAUCGGCGUGCUGACAUUCCUGGGCACCUCCCGCACCCACCUCUCCACGCAUGUUGGCUUUGGGUCUUUCUUCUGCGGAACGAUCGUAUACUGGAUGGCCUGCAGGUAUCAGUGGUCGGCGAGGAGGUUUGAGCAAACGCAGUUACGGGAGGCUAUGCGCCGUCAAGCACAAUACGAGGGCACAGAAGUCGAGCGGGAUUUAGAUCUUAAGUCUGCGUAGCAUAAGUUCCUUACAUGUCAAUGCUAAUUGAUGUCUAUGUUGUUACCCGAGGAUUCAGCUAUUCAAUCCACAAUUGUAAAAACAGCUUUGUUACCAAACAGCUUUAUAAUAGAUUCUAAGUGAAAUAUUACUUUGAAGUUAAUCAUCGA